AUGAUGCUCAAGCACGCCGCGGCGACGACGCAGGUGUUCGGCAGCCGGGCUCGGCCCGCUGCGACCCGCAGCGUGGUGGUCCGCGCCGAGGAGGGCUCCUCUCUGGCCAAGGUCGACCGCUCCAAGGACCAGCUGUUCUUCCCCAGCGAGGCGUCCCUGACCUACCUGGACGGCUCCCUGCCCGGCGACUUCGGCUUCGACCCCCUGGGCCUGCUUGACCCGGUCAACUCUGGCGGCUUCAUCACCCCCGAGUGGCUGGCGUAUGGCGAGAUCAUCAACGCGCGGUGGGCGAUGCUGGGCGCUGCGGGCAUCAUCGGCCCGGAGAUCCUGGGCCACUACGGCCUCAUCCCCGAGGCCACCCGGGUCGACUGGUGGCGCACCGGCGUGAUCCCGCCGGCGGGCACCUACGACAACUACUGGACCGACCCCUACACCCUCUUUGCUAUUGAGGUGGUGCUGAUCCAGUUUGCGGAGCUGAAGCGCCUGCAGGACUUCCGCUACCCCGGCUCCCAGGGCAAGCAGUACUUCCUCGGCAUCGAGAAGGUGUUUGAGGGCAGCGGCAACCCGGCCUACCCCGGCGGCCCCUGGUUCAACAUGUUCAACCUGGGCAAGACCGAGGCCGAGCUCAACACCCUGAAGCUCAAGGAGAUCAAGAACGGCCGCCUGGCCAUGCUCGCGGUGUUCGGCUUCGGCGCGCAGGCCAUCGCCACCCAGAAGGGCCCCUACCAGAACCUCCUGGACCACCUGGCCGACCCCACCGGCAACAACAUCCUCACCAACUUCGCCAAGGUCCUCAGCCUCUGA